AUGCCCGCAGAUGAUCAGCCGACUCGUGAAGAGAUCGAAGCAGCCCGAGUCGCUGCGAUGACCGCCGGCAAGACUGACAACGGUGACAAUGCUGAAGGAUCCGCUAAGUGGAAGGACUCUGGUGCCCCUGUGUGUUCUUCCCAAACCAUCACCGACCUAUCGAGUGGGCUGGCAGCCUUCCUUCAAAUGAGUCAAGACGGUACCAACAAACAAAACAAGUCCAUCCCCAAUCUUGAAGCCCUUCUCAGUGGCACUCCCUACCUUAGGGGUAUGUGCCACGACCUCCAUCCCGAAGACUCACUGGUCAAGGAGGUUCAUUCGAGUUGUCUGAGCAGUGGUCAUGCUGACAAGAUCAGACACGUUCUGGCGCUCCCGAUCAAGUGCUUCUUCCGGCCCAACGAGGAUCCCGGUAUGAUGAGCAAUGUCUUCAAAGCUCUAUUGAGAUGGUUCUGA